GGAUUUGGAGAAAAUAUGCACAAAUCUUUCCGACACGACCUCAACUAUCGCUCCUGGCCAAUGUUCUCACGGGAUCAGCCUCCAUUUCACAAGGAAAAUUCCAACUUGUAUGGUGUACAUCCAUUCUACACGUGUGUAGAGGUGGAUGGAAACACACACGGGGUUCUGCUUCUCAACAGUAAUGCGCAAGAUUAUACAUUUACACCAUUACCAAUGCUGACGUACCGGACGAUAGGUGGCGUGCUGGACUUCUACAUGUUUCUAGGACCCUCCCCGGAAAACGUCGUCCAACAAUACACAAAGGCAAUUGGACGAUCAUUCAUGCCGCCAUAUUGGUCACUCGGAUUCCAGCUUUGUCGCUAUGGUUACAACAGUUUAGAGAAUAUGAUGGCUGCCGUUAACAGAACACGGGAUUAUGGGAUACCUCAUGAUGUCCAAUACGCCGACAUUGAUCACAUGAACAAUUCCAAGGAUUUCACUGUCAAUCAGGUGGAGUUCGCCGGUUUGAACGACUCCUUCACUGCUCUCAGAAACGGCGGGAUGCGAACAGUUAUUAUGUUGGAUCCUUGCUUCGUCAGUAAUGUGAGUGGCUAUGAACCAUACGACCGUUUAAGUCAGAUUAGAGGUGGAGUAAUGUGGGAGGGAGGAGUCGAGAACGAUACCAAGGACACCACAGGAGCUAUCCUAGGCUACGUAUGGCCAAAUGGGAAAGUUGUGUUUCCAGACUUUUUUAAGAAUUCAACACGACAGAUGUGGAGAUCUCUUGUAAUGGAACAUAGAAAACGGUUGAUUUUCGACGGUUUGUGGAUUGACAUGAACGAACCGGCAAAUUUUGGAACAAACCAGGACAGGCCAUUCAACUGGAAUGAAAAUGCCAAACCAUACUGGUCACUGAAAUGUCCUCGGAGCAAAUAUGAUGACCCGCCCUAUCGGACAAUGGCUGCUUAUGUCCAUGAUGGCGAUGAUUAUCAGGACGCCACCGCCCGUUUGUCUAACAAGACGCUUUGUAUGGUGGCAAAACAUGGAGAAAACAAUGAUAUUCUCCACUAUAAUGUUCACAGUCUAUACGGGUGGAGUCAGUCACCGCCAACAAUAAGUGCGUUACGGGAGGCAAGUGGUGAACGCAGUAUGGUCCUGUCUCGGAACACGUUCCCCGGAAGUGGAAAAUAUGUCGGGCAUUGGCUAGGGGACAAUGACAGCGCAUGGCCGGGUUUGGCAUCAUCUAUCAUCGGAAUGCUGGAGUUCAAUUUGUUUGGAAUUCCAUAUAUAGGAGCAGAUAUAUGUGGUUUCUUUGGUGACACUACUGUUGAAUUAUGUAAACGCUGGAUGCAGCUUGGCGCGUUCUAUCCCUUCUCCAGGAACCAUAAUACUCUCACUUCUACUGAGCAAGACCCUGGCGCACUGGGGGAGGAGGUUGCCAAGGCAGCACGUGAAGCCCUAGAAACACGUUACUGGCUUCUUCCAUAUCUUUAUACUUUGUUCCACAACGCGCACGUGCACGGUGAUACAGUCGUCAGACCCAUACAUCACGAGUUCCCGACGGAUAACGUGGCACUCGGAAUAGACAGACAGUUCUUGUGGGGAAAAUCUCUGCUGAUUUCACCAAUAUUAGAACAGGGACAGAGAGAGCUGAAAUAUUAUGUGCCCAAGGGUCGAUGGUACGACUUUUACAAGUACGGAGAAUUUGCAGAAGGACCGAAGAUGAACACAUUGGCAAUAGAUGCCAAUUCCCCAAUAUUCCUUCACGUUCGUGGCGGGAGCAUCCUCCCAAUGCAAGAGCCAGCCCGAAACACAACAUUCAGUCGACGGAACGCAAUGAAGUUACUGGUUGCCCUAGACAGACCUGACAUGGAGGGAGGGUCGGCUGAAGGGGAACUGUUCUGGGACGAUGGAACAUCAAUUGACACAUACGAAAAUGGUAACUUCAUUUUGAUGAAAUUUCGUGCUGAAAAUCAAAGCUUGUCAAUGAGUACUGAUGGACAGCGUAAAUGGGCCAAUAGUCUGGUGUUGAACACGAUACAUGUGUAUGGUGUGAAGACCCAGGUGCAUGACAUCCACAUAACCUCUUCUAACAAAUAUCAUACGAACUUCGAUUACAAUGCCUCGAACCAGGUUCUGAUUAUAAGGAAUAUCAGCCUGCCGCUCAACACUGAUUUUCAAUUAAAUUGGCUAAAUGGUAAUCAAAGGAUUGAUUGCUAUCCAGAACGUCUCGGUGGACAAAUUGAGGUAACCGAAAAGAGGUGUUCCGAACGCGGUUGUCUGUUCCAUGCUGUGGAUACAGACGUACCUGAUUGCUUCUUUCCGCCAGACUAUGGUUUUACCGCAGGGGAUGAGAUUCAGACAGAAACAGGGUUGGCGGUAAACCUCACAUGGAAUGGUAUAGCUCCUUUCCCUGGACCUAUCAAUACAGUUACCUUCGCUGUAGAUAUGUUAGAUAACGCCCUGUUGAGAUUUAAACUUUAUGAUCCAAUCGAAUCUCGGUACGAAGUGCCAGUUCCAUUAAACAUUCCGUCUCCCGCUAGACGGGCUGCAGACCCACGAUAUGAUAUCACCAUCACCAACAAAAACCCAUUCCAUUUCCAAGUGAAGAGGAAAAGCACAGGGACAGUCUUAUGGGACACAAGCGUAGGCGGUCUGACGUUUGAAGACCAGUUCCUUCAGAUUGCCACUCGGCUACCGUCUAGAAAUGUGUAUGGCUUUGGUGAAAAUGUACACACGACCCUUAGGCACGACAUGAAUUGGACCAUGUGGCCGAUGUUUUCUAGGGACCAGCCCCCAGGCUCAGGCAAAGUAUGCAACCUGUAUGGUGUUCACCCUUUCUAUACUUGUAUGGAAGAGGAUGGUCAUUCACAUGGUGUCCUCCUUCUCAACAGUAACUCACAGGAUUACGCCUUUACACCGUUACCCAUGCUGAUAUACAGGACCAUUGGCGGAAUAUUCGAUUUCUACAUGUUUCUCGGACCGGAACCGGAAAACGUUAUUCAGCAAUACACAGGGGUGAUAGGCAGACCAAUGAUGCCACCAUAUUGGGCCCUAGGAUUUCAACUGUGUCGUUAUGGUUACGAAAAUAUCUCAAAUUUGCAAGCGGCUGUGGAAAGAACUAUAACUGCAAAGAUCCCGUUUGAUGUGCAGUACGGCGACAUAGACCAUAUGGACGAACAGAAGGACUUUACAGUUGAUCAGAACAACUUCGGUGGACUGAAGGAAUAUUUCCACGGAUUGCGUAACAAUGGCAUGAAAACUAUAAUUAUACUGGAUCCGUGUCUGUUGGCUAAUAACACAUACAAUCCUUAUCAGAAGAUGAGUGAACAGGAUGGGUUCGUCAAAUGGCCUACUAAUUACACUAUACCAAAGGACAGUUCAGAUGAAAAUGGAGCGCUUCUUGGCUAUGUGUGGCCCAAUGGAAAAGUGGUGUUUCCCGACUUCUUCAAAGCAAGUACACAGGACGUAUGGAAACAUCUCAUUACCAAUCACUCAGAGGAAAUUCCGUUUGAUGGUCUAUGGAUAGACAUGAACGAACCGGCAAAUUUUGGAACCAACGAAGAGCGUCCUUGGAAUUGGCCGGCUAAUACGUCAGACUGGAGCUUAAAAUGUAUAGUUGGAGAUAAAUAUGAUGAUCCGCCUUAUAGAUCUAUGGCGGCGUUUCAGUCGGAUAACGAUCAGAGGUUAAACAGAAUAUCAGAGAAGACGAUUUGUAUGGUAGCCAGGCAAGGCGAAAAGGACAUCUAUCGUCAUUAUGAUGUCCACAGUUUGUAUGGCUGGAGUCAGUCAGAGUCAACACUAUAUGGUCUACAGCAAACACACCGUGGCAAACGGGGUCUCGUGAUUUCUAGGUCAACCUUUCCUGGAAGUGGCCAAUAUGUUGGACAUUGGCUAGGGGAUAACUCGGCGGACUGGGAUCACUUGAGAUUGUCCGUUAUCGGUAUUCUGGAGUUAAAUUUAUUUGGCAUACCAUACAUUGGGGCAGAUAUAUGCGGCUUUUUCGGAACCCCGUCACCUGAGUUGUGCAAGAGAUGGAUGCAGCUAGGAGCCUUCUACACAUUUAGCCGAAAUCAUAACACUAAAGGACAGCCUGACCAAGAUCCUGCUGUUUUUGAUGAAAGUGUCACUAAAGCUUCUCGCGAAGCCAUGGAGACAAGGUAUUGGCUACUUCCUUAUCUGUAUACACUUUUCCAUCAUGCUCAUGUUAGGGGCAGCACAGUGAUCCGGCCACUCCACCAUGAGUUUCCUACUGACCGUGAAACUUAUGGUAUAGACACGCAAUUUCUGUGGGGACCAGCACUGCUUAUAUCGCCCAUAUUGGAGGAAGGCCAAGAGGAGGUAAAAAUAUACUUACCCCAUGGGACGUGGUAUAGUUUCUAUACAGCAGCGGCAGUUCACGGUGGCCAACAUAUUACUGUUCAGGUUGAUCAAAAUUCCAAAAUCCCUUUGCAUAUUCGAGGAGGGCAUGUGAUCCCUAUGCAGGCCCCAGCGAAUAAUACUGUAUAUAGUAGAAAAAACUCGUUUACCAUAACAGUAGCAUUAUCCUCAGACGGUAAACGCACAUCAGCAGAAGGAGACCUAUUUUUGGACGAUGGCGAAGCAAUUGAUUCAUACGAAAAUGGAAACUACGUCAUUGCCAAAUUCAUUGCUUCUGAGAGGGGACUUAAAAUGCGUGUGAGAAACUCGCCUACAAAAGAUUUCACUAUUGACGAGAUCCGGGUACUCGGUAUUACUGAGAAUAUCACUGUGGCAUAUAUCAACGGCAGUUUACAACAUCAUGAUAUUCUUCACCAUAAGACAAACAACACCCUCAUUAUUUCAAAUCUCGCCCUUAGUUUGACGGAAGAAUUCAAUAUAGAAUGGUUUACAGAUCGCAAAGCAGAAAUAUAUGAAUUGGAAAGGAUCAAUUGUUAUCCUGAUCUGGAUAGCGCAUCGUCAGUGCAUGCGGAGGACGAAUGUCGGCUGCGUGGCUGCAUCUGGAAUAACACUUUCCACCAAAAUAUUCCGCCAUGUCAUAUUGAUAAGGCCCGUCACGGAUACGUGGACAAUGGAACUAAAUUUAAUAAUAACACAAUUCUAAAAUGGAAAAACCAGACCAAGCUUUUCGGAGGUAACAUACCUCAUGUGGAAUUUGUUGUUCUACGCAUAUCUGAGAACAUUCUCAGACUAAAGUACAUGGAUUUAGAAUAUCAUAGAUAUGAAGUACCUGUCCAAUUUAAUAAUAUGACCUCGAGAAAAAAACAAGACGAUGACUACCGUGUUGAGCAGGGUGAGGAUGAACAUGGAACUUUCUUCGUCAAAGUUAUACGACAAAGAACUAACUCAACUGUCUGGGAUACAUCAUUAGGAGGUUUUACUUUUGCCGAACAAUUCUUGCAGAUGGUGGUGAAGUUACCCUCAAAACAAAUGUACGGGUUUGGUGAGAAUAGGCAUUUUUCCUUCCAGCAUGACUUUGAAUUCAAACGUUGGCCCAUGUUUUCUCGUGACAAUGGCGUGAAUUGGGGUGAUUACGCAAACCUGUACGGCGUACAUCCAUUCUAUUUAAACAUAGAAGAUUCCAAUGGAAACUCUCAUGGUGUGUUACUUCUUAAUAGCAAUGCAAUGGAAAUUGAACUAAAUCCUCUACCAUCGUUAACGUACAGAACCGUGGGAGGUAUUCUGGACUUCUAUAUAUUCCUCGGGCCGACACCAGAGCAGGUGAUUCAGCAAUACACUAGUGUGAUUGGACAUCCCUAUUUACCUCCUUACUGGGCUCUUGGAUUCCAAUUAAGCCGAUAUGGUUAUGAUAAUAUUCAGUCCAUGAAAGCGGCGGUAGAAAGAACGAAAUCAUCUGAUAUUCCGUAUGAUGUUCAAUAUGCCGACAUAGAUCAUAUGCACGAGAGAAGAGACUUUACUGUUGAUCCAGUCAAUUUUGGCGAUCUUCCAGAAUAUUUCAAGGAGUUGCAACAUGAAGGCAUACGAACCAUUAUCAUAAUUGAUCCAGCACUCAUCACAAAUGCCUCGGAUUAUCUCCCCUAUAUUAAAGGAAUCGAGAAAGACAUAUUCAUUAAGUGGCCAAAUGGGACAUUGAGUCCCGACUACCAUGAAUACAAUCGGACAGACAUGCUUGGGUAUGUUUGGCCUCGAGGUAAAGUUGUUUUCCCAGAUUUCUUAAACCCUGACACACAUGCAUAUUGGCGAGAUCUAAUAGUUAGUCAUCAUAAAAACUUAUCGUUUGAUGGCCUGUGGAUAGACAUGAACGAGCCGGCUAAUUUUGGUACGAACGAGGAACGUCCAUUCAAUUGGGAUGAGAACGUGAAACCUUACUGGACACUAAAAUGUCCUGUUUCCCGAUGGGAUGAUCCUCCGUAUAAACCAAAAGCGAUAUACGGGCCUCGGCUGUCCGACAAAACCUUAUGCAUGGUGGCGGCGCAACACAAAGAAAGACAAAUGCAUUAUGAUGUUCAUAGUGUGUACGGCUGGAGUCAGACCGAACCUACUCUCCAAGGUCUAAGGGAGGCAACUGGUGAACGUGGAAUUGUCAUCUCGCGAUCAACGUAUCCGUCAAGUGGUCGAUAUGCUGGGCACUGGCUUGGCGACAAUGACAGUGCAUGGUCCGAUCUUCAUGACUCUGUAAUAGGCAUACUAGAAUUUAACCUUUUCGGUAUCCCAUAUAUUGGAGCGGAUAUCUGUGGGUUUUUCGGAAAUUCUACGUCGGAGCUUUGUCAGCGCUGGAUGCAACUUGGCGCUUUUUAUACCUUUUCCAGGAAUCAUAACACUAUCAACACUGCGGAUCAAGACCCGGCGUACUUCGGUCCGGCUGUGGCAGAUUCGUCCCGUCGAGCUCUCGUGGUACGCUACACGCUGCUUCCUUACCUUUAUACGUUGUUUUAUCACGCCCACGUAAGUGGAGGUACCGUCAUCCGUUCUCUAGCACACAAUUUCCCGAGCGAUCAAACCACCUUAUCCAUAGAUACACAAUUCAUGUGGGGAAGAGCACUCAUGAUAACCCCAGUUUUACAUGAAGGUAGAAUCAAAUUAGACGUUUAUUUUCCAGAUGGUCGCUGGUUUGACUAUUAUUCAGGUUUAGAAGUAAAUAGCUCCUCUUCUUUCCAGACUGUUCAGGCACCUCGUGAUUUUAUUCCACUUUUUGUGUACGGCGGCAAUAUCCUGGCAACACAACUCGCGGCUAAUACUACUUUGUAUAGUAGGCGUAACCCAAUGGGUUUACUUGUAGUAUUGAAUGAACAUGGAUCAGCAGAAGGAGAUCUCUUUUGGGAUGAUGGGAAAUCUACUGACACAGUUGAAAACAAUCAAUAUUACCUCCUGUCCUUUUCGUUUAAGUCAAAUAAUCUUUCUAUAACCGUAGAUAGAAAACCACAAAAUCCUGGCGACUUUGCUGAACUUUUUAUCAGCAACAUAACAAUUUACGGCGCAAACGACUGGAAAACAGUCAACCUAAACAACGGAUUUCAUAGCGAUUUUACUUAUGACAUUCGUCUGAAUGUUUUCUAUGUUAAAAACUUGAAGUCAGCUCUAAAGGAUAACUUUGUAUUAUUUCUAUCAUAA